UUUUUUUCUUAAUCAGCAUUGAGCAAUAACAAUUUAAGAAAGUAUGGAGAGAGAGAUCCAAAAUUCAGUAUCAAUGCGGUUAAACAGGAGAGCAGACAGAACCCACAAUCAAACUUCUCCUUCACAUUCCAAAGGGAAGUUGGGAAGUGAAAUAUAUCCAAUGAAAAUUCUGUGGAAGAGAGGGUUUAUUAGGUUGGUGUUUGUUGGUGGCAUUUUGUGGAUGUUUCUCAUUCUUCUUGUUCUUCUUUUCCAUGUUUGGUCUUGCCAGUCAUCCUCUCCUUUCUUUUCAGCUAUUUGUAACAAAGAAAGCACGGUGUAUAAAGUUUUAAAUGUUUGGGGGAUUGUUUCACAACAACACCGUUGUGCAAUCCCUGUUGCCAAUAAUCCUGACAAAAUAGUUAUUCCAGAAGGAAGAACCGUCGACACAAUUGUUAAGAAUCUCUCAUAUAUUUUGGAGGAUGAGCCUUUAGAGAAUGGGUCUCAGCCAUUAUUUGGAGGACAUCAAAACUGGUUGCAAAGAGAGGAGAGCUAUAAAUUAAAUUCUUCAAUGAAGGUUCAUUGUGGAUUUAUACGUAAUGGUGGUUCUGAAAUGGAUCCCAUGGACAUUAAAUAUGUUAAGAAGUGUAGGUUUGUGGUUGCAUCGGGAAUAUUUGAUGGAUAUGACAUCCCUCAUCAACCUUCAAAUAUAAGUGAUCGUUCUAAGGAAAUAUUUUGCUUUCUUAUGGUGGUCGACGAGGUAUCGCUUGAUUUUAUAAAGGAAAAUACCACCGUUAGCAAAGACGGUAAUGGAGGACAAUGGGUGGGUAUAUGGCGUCUUAUUCUGCUAAAGCAUCCACCAUAUGAUGAGCCUAGAAGGAAUGGUAAAGUUCCGAAGAUUUUAACCCACAGAUUAUUUCCUCAAGCACAAUAUAGCAUAUGGAUCGAUGGUAAAAUGGAGCUGAUAGUUGAUCCAUUGUUAAUUCUUGAAAGAUAUUUAUGGCGAGGGAAGAAUACAUUUUCCAUAGCUCAACACAAACACCAUCGCAGUAUAUACGAGGAAGCUGAUUCAAACAAGCGGAGAAAAAGAUAUGCCCGACCUCUCAUUGAUCUCCAAAUGAAGAUUUAUUUUUAUGAGGGAAUGGAGCCUUGGAGUUCAAAGAAAAGCACCAUUAGUGAUGUGCCUGAGGGGGCUAUUAUCGUAAGGGAGCAUACACCGCUGACAAACUUGUUUAGUUGCUUGUGGUUCAAUGAGGUCCACCUCUUCACUCCACGCGACCAGUUGAGUUUCGGCUAUGUUGUGUUCAGAUUAGGUGACGCAUUCAAAUUUUUUAUGUUUCCGAAUUGCGAGUACAACUCUUUGUUUGUAUUGCAUCCACACACUAGAGAGCAUUCUUCGAAGGUAGAAUGGGUAAAAAAUUUAAAGGAGUUUACGGGUAGUGGAAGCAGCAUGAAGGAGAGCAGAGGUGGGUUAGGAUUGUGGACUCCUUAUCCUGGAAACGUAGAUUCAGUUGUCCUGCCACAAAUUCCACGAAAAUCAAAAGCAGGCUAAGAACAUGUUUUCAUUUUUCAGUGACCUUGUAAACUACGAUAUGAUUUUUAUUCUAAAAGAUAUUAUGGAAAGGAAGCAUUUGAGAAAAGGAUAGGGAAACGUCGGUUAUGUGAAGUCAUGGGAUGAUAAAAAUUUCAGCACUAAGAUUAUAUUUGGGUGAAUCAGAGUCAGGAGAUCAAAUAGCCAAAUCUUUUGAUUUUUGAAGAACAAGAGCUCGGGUAUCGUUAGAAGCUUGCUCGGUAUAAAGGAGAGACCUAAUUAUGUCUGCGAACUCUGCUUUUGCUGUUAACGGCCUUGAAAAUUUUAUUCUGCUGCAAGAAGGUUUAAAGGGUUUAUCGCUUUGGUACAGCUACUGUAUAGUUCUGCUUUUGUUUUUCCUUUUGCAAUGUUUAACAUUUUCCACUUCAGAGCAGGAUAUAUGACUGGUAUUAUCGAUUUGUUGUCAGAAAAGGACGAGUUGAACAGGAUUGCCUUGGUUACGGAUCUCAGACAAGACCUGUGCUUAAAUUUCAUUUUUUGUUGUAUUGCAUUUUGGUGAUGAAGAGAGAUUAAGUUAAUCAAAUUCACCAUUAUGCGUUCUCUAA